GGGGUCCUGAGAUCAAAAGUUUGAGAAUUGCCAAUUUAAAUGAACAGAAUUCUUGUGAUUAUCCUUUCCCUCUUGGGAAUUAUGCUCUGAUUUCCACAAUCACUAUCAUGAUGGGAUUGUUCCAGGAAUAGGUGGGUGAAGAGGAGGAUGAUAAGGAUGAAAAGUAUAGAAAUGAGCAGGUAGUUAGUAUUGGUGGUAGCAUUAGAAAAAGACUGUUCAUCUAUAUAGAAAUUGUUCCCUGGAUUGGCUGGGGGGAGGGAGAGAGGCUAGAAGCAAGGCUGAUGCCUUGAAGUUCAAGGUCACAUUUUUUAAAUCUCUAGUAUGUUGGGUAUGCUUCCACCAAAAUGUUAGGGGAGGUGAUAACUGAGAAGAUAGUAGGUUUGACUUAUAUGAAAUGUACUGUCUUCUGUAUUCUUCAUUGCUGCUUCAGUUAGUUUGACUUGCCUGGCUGUUUGUGGUGGUUGAUGUCAGGGGCUAGAAAGUUAACUUAAAUUUAGACUCUCUCACCUGGUCUGUAAUGGAAAAUAAGUUGUUAGGAUUAUAACCAACCAUAAUUCUGGAGGUCUUAAGAUAAUUUUUUUUUUUGCAUUGUUGCCUCACAGUGUACCAGCUGCUCAUUUUUUUUUUAAAUAACUUUUUAUUGAUAGAACUCAUGCCAGGGUAAUUUUUUACAGCAUUAUCCCUUGCACUCAUUUCUGUUCCGAUUUUUCCCCUCCCUUCCUCCACCCCCUCCCCCAGAUGGCAAGCAAUCCUUUACAUGUCGAAUAGGUUACAAUAUAUAUGAUAAAUUUUUUAUUGAAAUUUUGUUUCCUUCAUCAUCAUUGUUAUCCCAUGUAGCCCUUUCCCCCCUGGAAAAUCAUUUCAUAUGACAAAUAGGAUUUUUUAAUAGAGGGAAAGGAAAAAAAACUUAUCCAAACUGAGUAAUACAUUGAAAAGGUUUAAAAAUAUAUGCAACAUAUAGCUCUUGUGGACCUCCCCUCCCAUCUCUCACCUCCCUUGGGUGUAUCUCCUUAUAUCUUUUCAUUUAAGAGAUGAUUAAUCCAUAUAACUUUUUCAUUUUUGAUGUGUAAUAAUUCUUUCUAUUUACAUUAUUGUAGUUACUGUGUAUGUGAUUUUCUUUGCUCUGCAUCAGUUCAUAUAUAUCUUUCCAUCUUUCUCUGUAUUCCUCAAAUACAUCAUUAAUUACAGCACAGUAGUAUUCCAUUAUGUUCAUGUAACACAGUUUGUUUAGCCAUUCUUCUAGGUGAUGGAUAUCUGCUUGUUUCUAGUGCUUAGCUAUCACAAAGAAAAGGCAUGCUUUAAAUAUUUUGAUGUAUAUGAGGAUUUUUUUUCUUAUCAAUGAAAUUUCUUGAAGCAUAAGCCUAAUAAUGGAGUCUCUAGGUCAAAUUUAAGUGACUUUGUUCACAUAAUUCCAAAUUGCUUUUUAAAAUGAUUGUGCUGUUUCUUAGUUCCCCCAAUAUAUCAGUGCCAUUAUUUCACAAUUUCUCCAAUACUAUUGCCACUUUUUGUUAUUUUAUGCUCUGAUUUCACACGUGUGAUACAUGAUACACAGAUGUGUGAUACAUACAUCUCCCUAUUUAUUCAUCUAUCCAUUUAUUUAUUUGUUUUUUGGGUGUGGCCAAUAUAGGAAUUUAUUUUGCUUAAUUACACAUGUUUAUAACAGAAAUUUUGUUUUGUUCUUGCGUCCUCAGUAAGCAGAAAAGAAGAAAGGUAAAAAGAAGAAAAAGGAUUUUUUCAGCGAAUAAAUUGUUAUGGAACAAAGGAAAUGUCUGAAAUUAUUCACUUUCUGUUGGAGACAGGUUUGAAGAACUACUAACAAACUUGCCUAAUGAGCAAAAUCAUGUCAUAAAUAAGUUGGUGGCACACUUAAUGUUCAAGAAGUCUUUCCUAAGCAGAAGCAGGAAGCACAGAAGGCCAACCAGAGAUGUCCAAGCCCCAGCGGGAGAACACCAUGCCCAUGAUGGUUCUAGAUGCAGCUCAAAAAAAGAGACUCCAGCAGCAGAUGCAGCAGCAUGUUCAACUCCUGACUCAGAUCCAUCUUCUGGCCAGCACCAACCCUAGCCUCAGUUCGGAGGCCAGUACCACCAAGAUGUUCCUCAGGGAACUGGGGACCUUUGCUCAAAGCUCUAUUGUCCUUCACCAGCAGUUCAACUCCAAGUUUCAGACCACAUUCCAGCCUUGUAAUCUGAAGGGUGCUAUACAGCUUAUUGAAGAUUUUCAUUCACACGUCAACAUUGACUUGAGCCCCCAAAAAAAGGUCCAGAAGAAUGAUGAGGGACAAAAUCCUGAAUAUCCAACCAAUGAAUUUCCUUGUCUGCCAAAGCAAGUGGCCUGGAUUCUGGCCACAAGCAAGGUCUUCAUGUAUCCAGAGCUGCUCCCAAUACGUUCCCUGAAGGUGAAGCAUCCCAAGGAUAAGAUAUUUUUCACCAAAGCAGAGGACAAUUUAUUAGCUUUGGGGCUGAAACAUUUUGAAGGGACUGAGUUUCCAAAGCCUCUAAUCAGUAAAUACCUCCUGACUGCCAAGUCUGAUCACCAGCUGACUGUGAGAAUCAAGAACCUCAACAUCAGCCGGGCUCCUGACAAUAUCAUCAAAUAUUACAAGAAGACGAAACAAUUGCCAAUAUUGUUUAAGUGCUGUGAGGAGCUUCAGCCUGAUCAAUGGAAGCCUCCUGUAGAAAGGGAAGAGCGACACCUUCCUUUCUGGUUAAAGGCCAGUUUACCAGCUAUCCAGGAAGAAAUACAGCAGUUAGAUAAUGAUGCUGGAGGAUCAGGAGACCUGUCUGAAUUAGCUGAGACAAAAUGUGACCCAGAUCUGGAGUCAGGGAAUGAGAGCCGCUAUCCCCUGCUGCUGCCCAAGGGUGUGGUGCUGACCUUGAAACCACUUGCCAAACGCUUUUCUUCGAGGAAGAUUUGGAGGCAGAAGUCGGUUCUGAAACCCCUCCUCAUUCGCCCUGCCCCUGCUCUCCAGCCUUGUUCUAACGACAGUGCUCGAGGCAGAUUAGCCCAGUGCGAGACCCUUCCAAGGAGAGGGGAGGCCCCAGAUGCCCAGCUUAGGCAGCCAGCCACCAUCUUGAAGACAGGGCCAAAGCCUUCGUCCUUGGGGGGCACAGGGCGUGGUGGUGGUGGGAUUCCCAUGAACUUGCCUCCUCUAGCCCCCAAGAACACAGCCAGGGCCCAAGCCUUCCUUUGUCCCUUUCCUGCAGCCUUUCAGUCCAAAGUCUUGCUGCCAUCAGUUGUCGCUCCCAAUCGAGGUGAGCCAAGGAUGAAGCCCCCAAAGAGAAAAUGGGCUGAGGCCUCCCGUCUCCUGAAGCCUGCCCCUGUCCUUCCCUCUCCCCGGAUGAUCCUUACGGUUCCUGCCACUGCUGUGGGAGUUGUGGGUCUCAACAGCCGUUUUAAUGUGAUCCAGCCUCCGAGAACUAUAGCUCAGAACCCUCAGACCAUCCCCAUAACCACUCUCUUGGUUAGCCCCACAUCCUUUAUCUGUCCAUUAAACCAGCCCCUUAUCACUUCUUCUAUUCCGCCUUUACUUGUUUCUGGAAAUCCUGUGAAUCUCCCUGUGCCAUCGACCCCUGCAGAAAACACCCAGGUGAAAUCAGGCAUUCCUGGUCCUCAGCCUGAAGGGGAAAGUGCCUUUCCCACUGUGGCGCCCAAGCAGGAGCCCCAGGACUCAUCUCCUCCUUGUUCGAGCCCCUACCCCAAAGAAAAACACAGCCCGGGGCCUCCCCCACCAAGUGGGGACCGUCAGGGACACCUGUUUGAGAGCAGUGCUCAUAGCUGGACAGUUGUGAAGAUGCUAGAUGGGAGGCAAGUCCUGCAGCCGCUGUCUCGUGCCUCUCAGAUGGCCAUCGAUUGUCUGCCAGAGAAUUUACUGAAGAUUGUUAAAGUAGAACCUGAGGAGCUUGAGGAGGAAGCCAGCUGGCCUUGGAACAGGUUCCCUGAGCCAGACAUUUGUGAUGAAAUUAAAAAAGAGGUCUCCAUGGAGUCGGAGGUGGAACCCCCAUAUGAGGAGGCAGAUGGUGCUCCCCAAGUGAAGCAAGAGGCCGAUUUACAAGAGGAGGAAGUGAGGACCCAUGCUGGGCCAGAAACAGGAGGUGAAAAACUUAAGCCAAAAGAGGAGGAGGAGGAGGAGGAGGAUUUUGACGAAGAUGAAGAAAUGACAUCUGACUCUGAAGAUGAUGUGCCAUUUGUUCCAGAGCUUCAGGAGACUGUGGAGAAGCCGACAUGUCUGGUGUCUGGGAGGUGCGUGGGCCAGGAGAGUGAUUCUAAAGAAGAGAAACCUUGGAAAGAGAAUUCUUGUCCUGAGGUUGUGGUGAAACUGGAGAAAGAUGAUGAAAUGAUGGAUGAAGCAGAUAGAGAUCCUUCCUUCCACCCUUGUUUCACCUAAAGUGGUCCCAGAAAUGGGGACCAAAAGGAUGCCCAACCCAGGUGAGUUUGUUAUGUUCACCUUGAGAAGCUCUCCAGAAAGAUGGCCAUUUAGUGCUCUUCAUCAUCCCCCACCAAGCAUUUGAGAAAGGGCUCAAUUCCAAACUUGCUUGCAGGAUUUCCAUUGAAAUACCGCCAAAAGUAAAUAAUGUAACAUCUUUGAAGGCAAGGACCAUGUCUUACAUAUUUUUCCCUUUCAUCAGAGGGCCUAGCACAGAACUGAGAACACAAUAGGUGCUUCUCAACAAAUAUUUAUUGGCUGAAUCUCAUCAAAUGCCCAUUGUGCAUUUCCUUUCCUCAGUUUCUUUUUGCUAGUCCCUUACCAUCUUAAAUAUGAAGCUUAGAGAUGUCCAUCUGUUAUUAUAAAGUCCCCUCUCCACCAAACACAAAGAGAGAUACUCGAGACCUGACCACAAAGAAGAAAUUGGAGGUGAUUCCAUUUGUUUGAAACCUGCUGCCCAGGUCUUUAAGGAAAUGUUCUUGCCAACUGGCAAUGUGCUCAAGCCCAAGAACCAUGAAUAUUGGCCAAGAGGACAGUUUUGUAGGAUUGUUUCUUCUCGUAUCUUUCACUGACUGACAUUUGUUGAUUAUGCAAAAGUUCAGAUGGUCUUUGGGGAUGUGCAUUAUUAUCACAGGGAUUUUUUUUUGGUCCAGACGUCCGUCUUCAUUAAUAUAAGGAAUUCCUAAUGAGUUAUUUGCUUAUUCUAGGAGAGAUCAGCAUAUAUUUGGCAAUUUAGCAGCGUAAAGUCAGUAUAUGUAAGAGCCAGUAUUUGAAUCCAGAACUCCCUGAAUCCAGCUUUGUACUGUUCAAACUGCCUAUCAAUUUCUCUUAAAUGCAGUUUUUUUCUCCCUCUCAUCAAAUAAAGCCAAAACUUUCAACUAUAC